UUCCGGUAAUAUAUCAGUUGGCUACCAGGAUCUGUGGCAGAUUCCUCUGCAAGGCUAGACUGGGGCAGUUGGGGAGAGAGAGGCAAUAUGACUCUAUCAGAAAGUUGCCAAAGAAAGGCUGCUUUUGGAUAGUUUCAAGCCUCCCCUAGGUUUUCUGGCCAGUAGAAGAUCAUGACCUUCUCUGCCCCUCCAUAUCCUACAGCCAGAGUUUUAGAAUGCUAGCUCUUGCAGCUGGGUGGAGAUGAUGUACAAUGAAUACUACGUGGAGGCAGGGACUGUGUAUUAUAAUGGUAUCAUCCCCUGCGCCUAGUACACUGUAGCUUGACACAAAAUAAGCACUCUGCAAAUCUACUCAAGAAAUGGAAAUCUAGCCCUACAAUCCAUCCAGUUAUUAGUAGAGCAACUGAGGCCUAGAGAGGGGCAGUGACCUACCUGCCUACAGCUUCACAGAGAGUUCUCAUCAUGCUUACAUUAUUGUUUUUGGUGGGGGAUGGAGUCUUGCUCUGUUGCCCAGGCUGGAGUGCAAUGGUGCAAUCUUGGCCCACUGGAGCUUCUGCCUCCUGGGUUCAAGUGAUUCUCCUUCCUCAGCCUCCUGAGUAUUUGGGACUACAGAUACCUGCCACCAUGCCUGGAUAAUUUUUCUAGAUAUGGGGUUUCACCAUAUUGGCCAGUGUUGGGAUUACAGGUGUUAGCCACUGUGCCCAGCCCAAUGUUCUCUUUAUGAAAAUAAAAUUUCUUUUUUUUAAUAUAUAGCAUAUGCGCUUAUAACUGGCACUGUAUAGAGCAUGCGCAUGUUUUGAUUUGGUCUUUCUUGUUGAGGGGUCUUGUUACACUGUAUCCUGGUGUCUAGACUUUGGCCCGCGACCUUUGAGAUGGAGAUCCAGUGUCUGUGGUACUGUUUGCCAUCUCUGGGUCUACACUCAGGGUUCCUUCAUGUAGAUGCAAAUACAGAGGCUAUCAUAAUUUCCAACCUCUCUGUUCCUCGUCAUAGCUAUUCAGUCUUGUUUGAAGAUAGAUUACAGAAGGACAAGGUCAAAUCCAGAUUUUGUGGUGUGAAAAUUUACCCUGGUGUGUUAUCGCUACCAGGGGAUCUGACCUCAGCCAGGAGCAGUGAGAGCCUCCCCUCCCCAGCCAUGCUGAGUACUGCCCUAGGACUGCUGAUGCUGGUAGCAGUGGUUGAAUUUCUCAUCGGUUUAAUUGGAAAUGGAGUCCUCGUGGUCUGGAGUUUUAGGGAAUGGAUCAGAAAAUUCAGCUGGUCCUCAUAUAACCUCAUUAUCCUGGGCCUGGCUGGCUGCCGAUUUCUCCUGCAGUGGCUGAUCAUUUUGGACUUAAGCUUGUUUCCACUUUUCCAGAGCAGCCUUUGGCUUCGCUAUCUUAGUGUCUUCUGGGUCCUGGUAAGCCAAGCCAGCUUGUGGUUUGCCACCUUCCUCGGUGUCUUCUAUUGCAAGAAGAUCACAACCUGUGAUCAUCCUGCCUGCUUGUGGUUGAAGCAGAGGGCCUGUAACCUGAGUCUCUUGUGCCUUCUGUGGUACUUUAUAAUCAAUUUGUUACUUACGGUCCGAAUGGGUUUAACAUUCUCUCAUCCUCCCCAAGGAAACAGCACCAUGCUAUAUCUCUUUGCAAACUGGCAGUACUUCUAUGUAUUUCAGCUCAAUUCAGGAAGUUGGUUGCCUUUCAUAGUGUUUCUUGUUUCCUCUGGGAUGCUGAUUGUCUCUUUGUAUACACACCACAGGAAGAUGAAGGUCCAUUCAGUUGGUAGGAGGGAUGCCCGAGCCAAGGCUCACAUCACUGCCCUGAAGUCCUUGGGCUGCUUCCUCGUACUUCACCUGGUUUAUGUCAUUGCCAGCCCCUUCUCCAUCACCUCCAAGGCUUAUCCUCCUAAUCUCACCAAUGUCUUCAUCUCUGAGACAUUCAUGGCUGCCUAUCCUUCUCUUCAUUCCCUCAUACUGAUCAUGGGGAUUCCUAAGGUGAAGCAGACUUGUCAGAAGAUUCUGCGGAAGACAGUGUGUGCUCGGAGAUGCUGGGGCCCAUGAUCUGGGGAGAAACAUGUGGUCAGGGCACUCUUGGGAUGCUCUGUUGAUAGCUCUCUAUAAGGGAGCUGCCUUUCAUGUCUUUUAAGAUUUUCCUUCUUUUACUCCAAUUUAUGAAUGAGCAACAGAAAAUACGGAUCGAAACCCAAUACUAUUUCUCUUUUGGCAAUACAAAAUACAUUUUUUUAAUGUACUACAGAAAUCAA